UUAUUCAUCAUGGAGCAAAGCAUUUUUCGAGACGAAAAAGGAGAUUGUCCAAUUGUCUACCUAGCUGGCACGCUAAUAUCAAUUGGCUCGAAACCCAGUGCGCGAUACGGAGUUUGUUGGGGAGCCGGGCAUGCCAAAAACGAAGGUGGACCAGUUGCCGGAAGUCAAACCUCUUUGCGAGCUGAACUCACUGCUCUCAGAAGAACUUUGGAGAUUGCACUCGCAGAAGACAUCACAAAGCUGAUAAUAGUAUUUCCAUCGAAAAUGCUCGGCGAGCAACUUGAGGUGUGGGAAAGGCGUCCAGAACAGCACGCUAGCUUCGAAAAUAGUGACAUUUUGUACAGAGUCGAGCAGCUUUUCGGAGAAGCUGAAGCGCGGAUGUACUUCUCAAUUGAUUUGCCGACGCCUCCUGAUCCACGAGCUCACGGAUACACAAAAGCACUUCAGUUAGCUAGGACGAUGCUUGUUGCGUCCAGGAUUUCAAGAAAUUCCCAGAUUACAACUGUUGCGAUCUUUGCAAUUUGCGAAAAAGAAGGAAAGUGCGAUGCACUUGCAAAAUAUGGAGUUUACUGGGGCCAAGACGAUCAUCGAAACGAGGCCGGUCUCGUAGAAGAUGGACAAACGAGUUUGAGAGCAAUCAUGUGUGCCGUACGCUCAGCAUUGAGAACUGCGGCAAUGCACGGAUUGAAACGCGUUCAUUUCCUCACUCGCAGAAUUGACAUUAUCAACAUUAUCAAGAAAUUAGCUAAAGGAGAAGAAGAAGAUAGCCCUGGAAAACGAAAUGGAGCAAUUUUCAGCGACUGCAGCCGCCUGCGCAGUGAGCUCUUGGAUAUCAGUGUUAAACUCGUUCAAAAGGAUGUCCCCUGUGUUGAGUUAGACAGAGCCGAAGCCAUUACUCGAGGAGCUACGAAGAAACUAAAGAAGCGGGACAAUGAAUAUGAACGGCUAGAUCGACAAUUACUCAUGAUUGAAUCGUCUUCUUCAGCAUCAAGUCCCGAAUCGCAGCCGAAAAUCGAAAAUAUUGGAGACAAGUGCCCAACUGCUGUCAUUCUUAAUCUUCUUGUUAGACCAAAAUUCGGCCAUAGUAAGGUCUCAUAUGCGGUAUACUGGGGAGAAAACGAUGAAAAGAAUGAACGUGGACCUGUGAACAUGCGUGCACAUGCUUUUCAAGCUGACUUGUAUGCAGCUAUGUGCGCACUGAAAAAGGCAAGGAGCAAAAAUAUUCGGAAACUUCAUCUGCUGACCACAUCCGAAUAUUUCAAAAACUGGAUGGAAAAUGUUCAGAAGAAAAACGAGCUGAUUAAUGAUAGAUAUGAUGUAAUGAUGGAAUUUCAACUUCUUCUGCAAAAUUUCGAAUCAGUGACAAUAGAAGUUGUAAACUCGAGCACUCAAGGUGCACGAAGAAAGAUGUACGAAGAUGCUCAAACCUUUUUCGCGGGAAGAAAUGAAUCUAUCCAGAAGCAGCGUUCCAUUGAAGACAUCCAGCUCGAAGAUCCCAUAGAGAACAACAUAGUUGAAGCGGAAUCUGUUAAUCCAGAAUCCAGCAAUCAAAUUCAAGUUGUCUAUGUUGGAGGUGCAUGCCGAGGAAGAGGAUAUGCGAACGCUUUAGCUGUAUACUCCGUCGUUUGGCCAAUAGGUGAAUAUGGAUGCUCCCAAGGCCCGGUCACUGGCAUUGUCAACAACAUUCGUGCAAAGCUGGCUGCCGUGAAAAGUGCGCUGCAACAGGCUGAACAAUUGGGAAUCGCCUCGCUCAUCAUCAGGACAAACGAUCAAAUGGUCCACGACACCUUGAUUCUUCAGAAUUCCCCAAUUGGAAACAUUGAUUUGAUGGAUGACAUUGAAAGUUACAAAUCUCGAAUGAGGUUCGUUGCAUACCAGCUAACCACCGGAGACUAUGCAAGAGGCAACGUCGUGGCUGAUAGAUUGGCCGAAGUUAUCGUUGAGAGCAUAUUCUGAUGUCAAUUCUUCAUCAUUACCAUGUAAAUGCGAUCGUGUAGCUAAUAAGAAUUGCAUAUGAAUUUCUUUAUCUUUUCCCCCUGUUACAGUCUGCAAUCCUACAUUUUUCGCCCCCCCCCCCCCCCCCCCAAUGUCCCUUUUUACAUGUUUUAUGCGUUCUGAAUCCGAAUUUUUUUUGUAUUAUUUAUCAAUUCAUAGUUAACAAAGAUUCAAUU